CGCCUCCUCGCUUCCAAGAUGACCAAGAAAAGAAGGAACAAUGGUCGUGCCAAAAAGGGCUGCGGCCACGUGCAGCCUAUUCGCUGUACCAGCUGUGCCCGUUGUGUGCCCAAGGAUAAGGCCAUUAAGAAGUUCGUCAUUCAGAACAUCGUAGAGGCCACAGCCGUCAGGGACAUUUCUGAAGCGAGUGUUUUUGACGCCUGUGUGCUUCCCAAGCUGUAUGUGAAACUGCAUUACUGCGUGAUUUGUGCCAUUCACAGCAAGGUAGUCAGGAAUCGUUCUCGGGAAGCCCGGAAGGACCAAACACCUCCACCCCGAUUUAGACCUGCGGGUGCUGCCCCACGACCUCCACCAAAGCCCACGUAAAGAGCUAAGUCCUUCAAGACUAAAGAAAUACUGUUCCC